UGCCCCCCUGCCCGGGCGGUUCGCCCGCAGCCGCCCCCAGCCCCCUGGCCCGACCCCGGCCCCGGGGAGGCGGCGGCGGGGCGGCGGCGGGAGGCGGCGGGGCCGGCUGCGGGAGCGGUGCGGCGGCGAUGACUCAAAGCCGCCCGGCCCGCUCUGCCCCCUCCCGCUCCCCCCGCCGGGGAGGGCUAUUAAAAGCUGCUGACGUAGGAGCGGACGGCCAUCUUUGAUGAGGGCACGGCUCCCGCUCCAUUGAAGAAGGAGACCCGCGGAGGUCAGCAGCCUCCUGUCCUUGCCUCCCAUCCAGCUGCCGCACCGACCCACCGACCCCGCCGCGCCGCGCUCCGCCAGCCCAGGCUCACAAAGCAGCUGAGUGCAAAUCCUGAUCCGCAGAGUCCCCAAACACCCCCACAGCUAAAAUGGCGGAAGACGCGGAUAUGCGCAAUGAGUUGGAAGAAAUGCAGCGGCGUGCCGACCAGCUCGCUGAUGAAUCCCUUGAGAGCACCCGUCGAAUGCUGCAGCUUGUUGAAGAGAGUAAAGAUGCUGGUAUCAGGACUUUGGUUAUGUUGGAUGAGCAAGGAGAACAACUCGAUCGUGUUGAAGAAGGCAUGAACCAUAUCAACCAAGACAUGAAGGAGGCCGAGAAAAAUUUAAAAGAUUUAGGGAAAUGCUGUGGCCUUUUCAUAUGUCCUUGUAACAAGCUUAAAUCAAGCGAUGCUUACAAAAAGGCCUGGGGCAAUAAUCAGGAUGGCGUUGUAGCCAGCCAGCCUGCACGUGUCGUAGAUGAACGGGAGCAGAUGGCCAUCAGUGGUGGCUUUAUCCGCAGGGUAACAAACGAUGCCCGGGAAAAUGAAAUGGAUGAGAACCUGGAGCAGGUCAGCGGCAUCAUUGGCAACUUACGUCACAUGGCCUUGGACAUGGGCAACGAGAUCGACACACAGAACCGCCAGAUUGACAGGAUCAUGGAGAAGGCUGAUUCCAACAAAACCAGGAUUGAUGAAGCCAACCAGCGUGCAACAAAGAUGCUGGGCAGCGGUUAAAUGCAGAGAAGUGCAUUUCCUUUUAACGCUGUCCAGCAGGGCAGCACCUUCAUGCUUUUAUCAUGGUAUUUAUCUACUAGGUUUGCACACAUGCACAUAUCAGCCCCAUUGUAAAUGUUGUCCUGUGUAGUUUGUCAGCUUUCCAAAAAUUAUACUUGUAAUUAUUUUUUUCUAGAUAUCUUUCUUUCCAAAGGUUGUACAUAGUGCUGAUUUGAUGGCUAUAGCUCACUAUGAUGUUUUUUGGGGUUCUUCCUUUCCUUUCCUUUCCUUGUUUCUAUUUUGAAUUCCUUUCCUUUUUUUUCCUUCUCAUUUUUCUUUUUUUUUUUAAUGAUGUUUGCUGAAUGACAACACUUUUGGAAUGCUAAACGUGCUGUUAACCUUUAAAUAUACAGUAUUGUUCUUGUAAAACUGUGACAUUCCACAGAGCUACUGCCAUGCUCCUGUCUUUGGGUAUCAUGAUGUUUAAGCACUUAAACCUGCUGUCUUCAGUUCUUCAUUGCCAUUAUCUGUUGUUAUGAUUUCAUGAUUAGACAAUGUGGAAUUAUAUUACUAUAACAAGCAUUGCACUAAAAAGUGAUGUGAUUUAUGCAGUUAUGCAUGAGGAAUAAAUAGACUUUUAGACUCCUACUUAAACAAGAAUUUUCCCAUGGCAGUAGCACACCAACAAUGACAACAAAAGCAUGCUCAGUAUUCGGACUCUUUUGGGACUAUGUUAUACCAGCAAGUUUGCAGUUGUGCCACUUUUUUCUUGUUGAUAUAUAUAUAGUUAUUAAUCAUGAUCAUUUUUUUUAAUUAUGAAAAAAGAGGGAUUUGGCACUCACCAUUUAGCCAUUGCCAGCAAAAUAAAAGCUUGGCUGAAAAUAUGACAAAGACAAAAAGAAAUAAGUGUAAUAUACUGGGUUUGUCUGCUGCUUUUGAAGACUAUCUUUUGGAGGAAACAACUACCAUAUGAAAUGGUGCAAAGAAAUGUAAUUUUUAUAAGGCUCUCUCUUACUAGUCGCUAUCCCCAUGUGGUUUGUUAUCGGUACAGUUCUCUGUUGCUUACCUAGAGCUAUGCACACCAAAUCGCUGAGAUGUUUAGUAGCUGACAAUUAAAAAAUAAUUAAAAAACCUAAAUGAAUGAACUCUAGAUAAACUGUGAGAUAAAUAUCAUUUACAGCAUGUAAUAUGAAAAUUCCUUAUGUCUCCUGUCAGUUUGUGAAGUGAUUGACAUUUUGUAGCUAGUUUAAAGAUUAUUAAAAAUUAUAGAUCUCAGAAUCCAUGCUUGCUUUAUCCAUUUGUUGCCCUACGUGUCAGUGACAACUUCUUAUUUGCAGAUCGCCUGGGAGAAGAAGCGCAAAGUCUAAAGACUCUUUACAAACUGCUUUUGUAUCAUGGGAAACUAAAGAUUUUGGUUUGCAAAACUGUAGAAAAGUAAUUACACUAAAAAUUACACUUGGUACCUUCCAAGUGACUGUUAUUUUAAAUAACCUGGCUUGGAUUGCCAAACACCGCAUCAAAAUAUUUUUCUCUUGUUCAAG